GUCUGUUACCAAACGCCACAGGGGCGUGGAGCUAUUUCUUACCAGUUUAACAUUUGCUAGUAUGUUAUGACACCGCUGUUAAGUUGAAGCGCUAAACGUUAAAAUUGCACCGAUGUCUCUAUACCGAAACACCGUCUGGUUCAUCAAAGGUCUACAGGAAUAUACAAAGAGCGGUUAUGAGGCAGCGGAGAGACGCUUCAACACGGCGGAUCUGGAGGUGAGCGUCACCGGCCGCUCGUUCAUCGUCACCGGAGCCAACAGCGGCAUCGGUAAAACCGCCGCUUGCGAAAUAGCUAAAAGAGGCGGGAUGGUACACAUGAUCUGCAGAAAUAAAGAUCGUGCGGAAGAAGCCAGAAAAGACAUUGUGGAUCAGAGUAAAAAUGAGAAUGUUCAUGUUCACAUUGUUGACAUGUCCAGUCCCCGCAAAGUAUGGGAGUUUGCCAAUGGAUUCUCACAGAACCACAGUCUACAUGUUCUGAUCAACAAUGCUGGCUGCAUGGUCAAUCAGAGAGAAUUGACUGAGGAUGGCCUAGAGAAAAACUUUGCUACAAAUACACUUGGGACAUAUAUUCUGACAACAGCUUUGAUCCCCGCACUUAAAAAGUCCCAGGAUCCCAGAGUGAUCACAGUGUCGUCUGGCGGGAUGCUGGUUCAGAAGCUGAAUGUGGAAGACCUUCAGUUUGAGACGGGUUCUUUUGACAGCACCAUGGUGUAUGCACAGAACAAGAGGCAACAGGUGAUUAUGACAGAGCAAUGGGCAGCUCAACACAAAGAAAUUCACUUCUCGUCCAUGCACCCAGGAUGGGCAGAUACUCCAGCGGUGAGAUCAUCCAUGCCAGAUUUUUAUGAGAAAAUGAAGAAUAAACUCCGUACUGAAGCACAGGGUGCUGACACAGUGGCUUGGUUGGCCAUAUCAGAUGCUGCCAACAGACAGCCCAGUGGCCUCUUCUUCCAAGACCGAAAAGCUGUUUCUACACAUCUGCCCCUGGCUUUCUCCAGGUCUUCUCCAGAUGAUGAGCAGAAGCUUAUGAGCAUGCUGGAGCAGCUUGCGGAUCAAUUCAAGUGUUAAUUGGUUUAGAUUGAAACCUGGUGCUGAUCAAAUCCAUGAGGAUUAAGAAUCUCAAACAACAUUCCACAGAGAGGCUGUGGUGUUCACUCUUUAAUGGCAGUGAGAAUUGUAGAGAUUAUGGAGAGCACAUUAAUAUUGGACCAAAAAUAUCAGACAAACAAUUAACAUAUCACAUUUAAUUGGUGGGUUCAAAGCUUUUUAUUUCAAGCAAGCCAUGUGAAAAAAGUGAUGCUGCCAGGAACAUCUUACUGAAGAAAAUGCUAGUGAACCCUUGAACAAAUAUUAUAGUAAUAGGUUAUUAAAUAUUCAUUAUUCUAAUCUAAUUAUGAACUAAAACAACCUAUUUAUGAUUGUGUUAUGUUUAAUAAAUAUUUUUGGUGAUUAACAAA